AUCUCGCGCGUCAGGGGGUCAAAAUGGCGGCGCCCGGCGCGCGAGACGCUCCGUGAGGGGCGGAGGCGGUGGUUACCAUGGCAGCGGCGGGCCUGGCCUGGCGCGACUCGUGGGCCUUGGGCCGAGCGGGGCUCCGGGCCUGGAGAGGGCGAGGGUGGCCGCCGCGCUGCGCCGGCUCAGGUACUGCCCUCUUUUUCCCGAACGACCGAUCCCAACAGGCCAGAGUUUUCCCUGUCCGCUUGUACGGAAAUGACUCUGCCCUGGAUUACAUCCUGGGGAUUUCAAAAGAAGAGACCGAGUGUCCGAUCUGUCAGCACCCACCACCUCUGAGCGCCUUCAAAGAUGAGCAAGAAGGUUUGUUGGAGCUCCAGCCCGAUCAGCCCGAGAACCCCAAGACCUUGAGGAUUGCAAUUAUCGGGGCUCCGAAUGCUGGUAAAUCGACCCUGUCCAACCAGAUUCUGGGACGGAAGGUCCUGCCGGUGUCCAAGAAAGUGCAUACAACGAGAUGCAACGCCCAGGGCGUCGUCACGAAAGAGGAUACCCAGCUGAUUAUCUUGGACACUCCUGGUCUCACCAGUUCUGUCAAAGCCAAAAGGCAUAACUUGGAGGGCUCGAUGCUGCACGACCCCUUCAAGAGCUUGAAGAAGGCGGACUUAGCGCUGGUCCUUGUGGACGUGUCGGAUCGCUACACCCGGAACAGCCUUCACCCCCAGGUGCUGAAGUGCCUUGCCAGCUUUCCACAGGUUCCCAGCAUCCUUGUCCUUAACAAGGUGGAUCUUCUCAAGAAGAAAUCUCUGCUCUUGGAAUUGGUGACGCAGCUCACUGAGGGUGUUGUGGAUGGGAAGAGGCUGAACGUCCGAUCCAGGUUCAACCCCGUCUCCACGGCCGCGAACGCCGGAGAUCCGCAGGUGCCUCCUGGACUCCAAGCAGGCUCUGACCGGGAUCUGGAGACUGGCGUCGGCAUCAAAGAGGCGGGCUCGGAUCCUGCGGAGGAAAGUGCAAAAGGGCAGAGGAAAGGCGCUAAGAAAGGCUGGCCGCACUUUGGGGAGAUCUUCAUGCUGGCUGCGGUGAACGGAGAAGAGGUGGACAUCCUGAAGAGGUAUCUCCUGAAGCGAGCCAAGCCCGGCCCCUGGGAGUUCCACAGUGAGGUGUUGACCAGCCAGUCCCCGCAGGAGGUCUGCGACAACAUCAUCCGGGAGAAGCUCCUGGAGUAUCUGCCUGAGGAAGUGCCGUACGCCGUGGGCCAGAGGACGGAGAUAUGGGAAGAGGGCCCCAGUGGGGAGCUGGUGAUCCUGCAGAAUUUGGUGGUCCAGAAGGAUACCCAUGUGAAGAUGCUGAUUGGUCACCGUGGCCAGCUGAUCAGUAAGAUCGCCUACGAGGCUGGCCGGGACCUGAUGGAUGCUUUCCUGUGUGACGUGAAACUUAGACUCUGUGUGAAGCUACGGAAAUGAGCUCGCUGCUGGCUGGGGCUGCCCGGCCCCUCGGGGCUCCUGCCAAGACUGGAAUCAGCCUUGCUCUGAGGAAACACCCCCAUUGAGCCGACUGCAAGGAUCGAACCAGGAACUGGCCCAAAGGACUCUGGCAUUGCAGGGUUCUCUGGAUUGCCUCUUUCUCAGCCCAAAGAAGGCGGCACAGGUGUGAGUGGAGGAGCUCCAGCAAGGGGCUGACUUCACCUUGACGCUUCCCAGUGUUGACAAGUCAUGUCAGGGAGGUCUGUGGGGCCUCGUGGGCUACAGGCCGGCAUGGAGUCGAUCAUGGCUUUGGGGUGAUAACGAUCUCUGUGUUCCUGCUCAGAAGGCAGAAGAAAUGAUGCCCUGUGAAUCUCCUUGGACUUUCACGGGCAGCCUUGCCCAGAUCGUCUCUGGCUCACAUGACCCAACCCUUUUCAAGCGGUGAUCCAGUCACGCAAGCAUUGUGCGAGUUGAUUUUUUUCUCCCCUCUGGAGAACCUGUGCAUGGUUGGUCUCUUGUGCCGGGCUUGGCUCGGGGGUGGGGGGGUCGCUUGAAAUCCCACCGCCUUUAAGCCUUCUCUUGAUCAGAGCUGUUUAGCAGAGGACACCCGUGCGAGAUGGUGGCUGCAAAGAGGGCCUGGAAGCCAGGGCUCGAGCCGUCUUUAUUCUUUGAGGGUGUGUUCCUGAUGUCCCCUUGCUCAGCUGGAAGAAAGGGACAUCGCCCAUCUAAACGUGAAUCUGGGAUGUAUUAAGGCGAGAGGAGAGCCUUAAGGUUUCCUCAACCCACGCUAUCUCCGUCGUGUACUUGUACAUCUUCUCACGCUCUUGUGUCGAGCACUGCCAGGGCAUUUUAGUGCUGUGUACUGAUGGGAGAAGUUGCUGGGAACUUUGGGGAGGCAGCGGUCCUUGCCCUGGAGCAGCCACUCAGGCCUCCUCUGAGAAGAAUGCUCGAGUAGCUCUGAGCCAAGCCUGGGUGAUGGCUUGCCCUCCUCCACCCCACUUCCCCCAGGCCAAGGAUGUUCUGUCCUCUGAUGUGAUGUUCUUGCAAUAAAAUGAGGUCGCUUUUCA